AUGGGCUCCCAUCCAGAAAAGCCUCUCCGGCUUGCCAUCCUCAUGGCCGAUACCCCCAUGCCACAAACCCAGGCCGCCUUUGAGGACUACGGUGGCGUCUUCACCGACCUCUUCCGCCGUGCCCUCGCUCCCGCCUCGCUCGACUCCGUCCUAACCAUCUCCAAGCACGACAUCGUCAACGGCGACUUUGCAGCCGCCUAUCCCGACCUCAACCAGAUUGACGCCAUCCUGAUCACCGGGUCCAAGCAUAAUGCCUACGACCACACGCCCUGGAUCAAUGCGCUCGUCGCCUUCGUGCGCCGCGUUCUCGCCACCACCGCCCCGGGAUCCACGGCUGCCCAUCCCGUUCGCCUGCUCGGCAUAUGCUUCGGUCACCAGAUCUGCGGCCGUGCCCUCGACGCUCCUGUCGAUGUCAGUCCGGCCGGUUGGGAGGUCAGUGUGACGGACGUACCGCUGACGUCCGAGGGACGCGCAUUCUUUGGCAAGGAUACGUUGAACAUCUUCCAGAUGCACCGCGAUGCCGUGCUCGCCAACCCCUCUGGCACCAUCGCCCUCGGCGCUACCGACUCCUGUCCCGUCCAGGGCUUCUUGCUGCCCGGCCGCGCCGUCACCGUUCAGGGCCACCCCGAGUUCUCGGCCACCAUCGUUCGCGAGAUCCUCGACAAGCGCCACCAGAUCGGUAUCCUUCCCGACGACCUCUACAGCUCCGGCAUCGCUCGUGUCGACAACAAGCACGACGGCGAGCUCAUCGCCCGCGCUUUCGUCACAUUCUUGCAGUCUUGA